UUUUGCACAAAACUGCAAAUGAAGACGCGGACGGAUCGGGUCGGGAAGCUUCCGGGACAAAAUAGCGUCGAGGGUGCAAGGUCAGGUUUUGUGCAAACGUUUGCUGCUGACCUGCCUGGCGGUGCGCGCAACAGUUUAGCGGAAGGUGUUUACCCCGCCGGUUGGGACAGGCCUGCGAAUCGGGGUGAGGCUCGGCGCUUCCACGUCCAAGCCAGAGAGUCGGCUCUAGCCGCUGGGAGAUGGGCCGCCGGCAGGUGAUGGCCACGCCGCGCUCAGCAUCGCCCGCCAGCGCCCGGGCAGCCCGGGUGUUGAACUUCCCGGCCCGGGGGGAACCGCGCACGCACACCUCCCGCGCGCCCGGGCGGUUCCCAGCUGCCCGCCAGGCGGCGGGGGCGGGGCAGAGGACCGGGGGCCGCGGCGUGGUCUCCGCUUCUCCUCGGGCGCCGCGGGCCAGACCCCGAGCCCCACUGGCCGCCUGGCUUUGCAUAAACUCCUCAGGAUUUGUCAGCCAGAUGUGACAAGAUUGUCGAGCGGCGAGUGAAGGAGGAGAUCUGAUAUUAAUCAGUGCAUAGCUCGGAGCCAAACUUUCUCAAAUGCGGUGUAGAAACAUGUUCUUCUCAUUUAAGGCAUCUCUUUGUGGCUGCGGGGCUGCCACCGGCCUGACUUUGACAGCUAUCGGCUGUACGCUGAACUGCAGUUGCCAAAGCUUCAAACCAGGGAAAAUAAACCACCGUCAGUGUGAGCAGUGCAGACAUGGAUGGGUGGCCCACGCUCUGAGUAAGCUGAGGAUCCCUCCUGUGUAUCCAACUAGCCAGGUGGAGAUUGUCCAAUCCAAUGUGGUGUUUGAUAUCAGCAGCCUCAUGCUCUAUGGGACCCAGGCCAUCCCUGUUCGCCUGAAAAUCCUAUUGGACCGUCUCUUCAGUGUGUUGAAGCAAGAUGAGGUCUUGCAGAUCCUCCAUGCCUUGGACUGGACACUUCAGGAUUACAUCCGUGGAUAUGUGCUGCAGGAUGCAUCCGGAAAGGUGUUGGAUCACUGGAGCAUCAUGACCAGUGAGGAAGAGGUGGCCACUUUGCAGCAGUUCCUUCGUUUUGGAGAGACCAAAUCCAUUGUUGAGCUCAUGGCCAUUCAAGAGAAAGAAGAGCAGUCCAUCAUCAUCCCACCUACCACGGCAAACGUAGAUAUCAGGGCUUUCAUUGAGAGCUGCAGCCACAGGAGUGCCAGCCUCCCCACUCCUGUGGACAAAGGAAACCCCAGCAGUAUACACCCCUUUGAGAACCUCAUAAACAACAUGACUUUCAUGCUGCCUUUCCAGUUCUUCAACCCUGUGCCUCCCGCACUGAUAGGGUCACUGCCUGAACCAUAUAUGCUGGAGCAGGGUCAGGACCAAAGUCAGGACCCCAAACAGGAAAUCCACGGACCCUUCCCUGAAAGCAGCUUCCUCACUUCCAGUUCCACCCCAUUUCAGGUUGAAAAAGAGCAGUGUCUAAACUGUCCAGAUACUGUUACUAAAAAGGAAGACAGCACCCAUUUAAGUGACUCCAGUUCAUACAACAUCAUCACAAAGCUAGAAAGGACACAGUUGUCCCCCGAAGCCAAAGUGAAAUCCGAGAGGAACAGCCUUGGCACAAAGAAGGGCCGGGUGUUCUGCACAGCAUGCGAGAAGACCUUCUACGACAAAGGCACCCUCAAGAUCCAUUACAACGCCGUGCACCUGAAGAUCAAGCAUAAGUGCACCAUCGAAGGCUGUAACAUGGUGUUCAGCUCCCUGAGGAGCCGGAACCGCCACAGCGCCAACCCCAACCCCCGGCUGCACAUGCCAAUGAACAGAAAUAACAGGGACAAAGACCUGAGAAACAGCCUGAACCUGGCUGCCUCUGAGAGCUACAAGCGCCCAGGUUUCAGGGUGGCUUCUCCAGACUGUCGGCCUUUCCCUGGCUACUCCAGUUCAGGAGAGGAUUCCAGGAGCCAACAAGCCUUCCCAAGCAUCGGGCAAAAUGGGGUGCUUUUUCCCAACCUGAAGACAGUCCAGCCAGUCCUUCCUUUCUACCGCAGUCCAGCCACUCCGGCCGAGCUAGCAAACACACCCGGGAUGCUGCCUUCCCUCCCUCUCUUGUCCUCUUCGAUCCCAGAACAGCUGGUUUCAAAUGAAAUGCCAUUUGAUGCUCUUCCCAAGAAGAAAUCCCGGAAGUCCAGUAUGCCCAUCAAAAUAGAGAAGGAGGCUGUGGAGAUAGCUAAUGAGAAGAGGCACUCACUAAGCUCAGAUGAAGAUAUGCCCCUGCACGUGGUCAGUGAGGAUGAGCUGGAGGCCUGCAGUCCUGGGUCAGACAGAGCCUGUGAGGAGCAGGACACACCGUCAGGAAGCUUAGGGAAGCCUCGCCCUGAAGGAGAGAGGCCCUGCCAUCUCAAACCAGUGAUUGAGUCCAGUGGAGCCAUCCGCCAAACCCCUGAGCAGGCCACACACAACUUGGAGAGGGAGACUGAGCAGAGGUCAGUGUUGACUCUGGUGUCACAGGCUGGGGAGGAUAGUAGCCAUGAACCUCACCUCACACCUGGGUUGGAGCCUUGUGUUCCUUUCCCUGACUACAUCAAACUGCAGCAGCACCUGCUGGCCGGGGGUGUCUUCAGUGCUUUGUCCACCAGAGGAAUGGCUUUUCCUUGUUUUGAAGAUUCCAAAGAGCUGGAGCACAUGGGACAGCACCCAUUAGCAAAGCAGAAGGAGGAAAAUCGCUUCCAGUGUGACAUCUGCAAGAAGACCUUUAAAAAUGCUUGCGGUGUGAAAAUGCAUCACAAGAACAUGCAUGCCAAAGAAACGCACGUGUGCACCGUGGAGGGCUGUAAGGCCACGUUUCCUUCCCGCAGGAGCAGAGACAGACACAGUUCAAACCUAAACCUCCACCAAAAAGUGUUGCCCCAAGAAGCGUUGGAGAGUGGUGAAGACCAUUUCCGUGCAGCUUACCUCCUGAAAGAUGUGGCUAAGGAGGCCUAUCAGGAUGUGGCUUUUACACAGCAAGCCUCCCAGACAUCUGUCAUAUUCAAGGGAACAAGUCGGAUGGGCAGUUUGGUUUACCCAAUAGCCCAGGUCCACAGUGUCGGCCUGGAGAGCUACAACUCUGGUCCAGCAGGUGAGGGCACCAUCCUGGAUUUGAGUACUACCUCGAGCAUGAAGUCAGAGAGCAGCAGCCAUUCCUCCUGGGACUCAGAUGGGGGAAGUGAGGAAGGCACCGUGCUCAUGGAGGACAGCGAUGGGAACUGCGAAGGGCCAGGCCUGGUCCCCGGGGAAGAUGACUAUCCCAUCUGUGUCCUGAUGGAGAAGGCUGACCAGAGUUUUGCCGGCCUGCCUUCUGGGUUGUCCAUAACAUGUCACCUCUGCCAAAAGACGUACAGUAACAAAGGGACCUUCAGGGCCCACUACAAAACUGUGCACCUCCGCCAGCUCCACAAAUGCAAAGUCCCAGGCUGCAACACCAUGUUCUCAUCUGUUCGCAGUCGAAACAGACACAGCCAGAAUCCCAACCUGCACAAAAGCCUGGCCUCCUCUCCAGGUCACCUCCAGUAACAAGAUGGUAGACCACGUUUGGUUGGAUAAGCAUUUGUCAUAAUUCAGGAAUCAGGUAGUCCAAAGAAAUGUUUCUGUUUAAUACCACUGGGGGCAAACCAGACAAAGAAUAUUUGAGUUGACUUUAUAGUCUUCUAUAGCACGAUGAGCAAAAAACAAGCCUUGUGGGAAGUUGUCUUUGCGGCAGCAUUUCCUCUUAUUUUCCUUAGUCGAAGAGGUUUUUCCCUGAUAUAACAAAAACUUGCAGAAAUACGUUUUUUUCCCAGAUUUGUUUACACAUUCCCUGGGAGAGCUCCAUGUCUGCAGAUUGACAACAAGGCCCAGGACCUGGAGGCACUUUGCAGUGAGGCUUGUAGUAUUAAGGGUCAAUUGAAUGUCCUGGGGGAACAGGCCAUCACCAUGGGUGACACCAAGAGCCAGUCCCAAAAAUCACAUUUUUCAGUUCCUGUUUUAACAAGUCUGAAGUCCAGACUGGAGUUUGGAAAAAUGACUAUUCAAGAUUGUCCUUCCAUUUAGAGAGGAGAAUUGCUUUUUUUCCCCUCCUAAAGGUCUCAUGUGUUUACUCCAGGGAGUUCACAGAGGAAGUGGGUUGGCCUCUAAGGAACAUGGAUGUUACCAAGGAUGUUAGUUCUUGUUCUAUAACAUGCAUUCAAGAAGCCGGGGGGUGGGGGGGGGGAAAUAAUUCAUGCACUUAAAAAAUAGUGGUCUUCAAUUUAAUUUAAAAUUAGUUUGAUAAUAUUUAAUUUGUGUUUAUGUUGUGUCUUUGGGGUGGGUGCAGACAUGUCACAGUAUGACCUCUGGGUCUCUGCUCAAAAGCAGAACAAGUGACAACCUAAACAUCAAAACCACUGCCCAUUUUUGUUUGAUGAACUUCAGUCUGUUCAUUUAGAUCCCCCGUGGAGCAAAUGCAGACACGAUUCUGGCAGGACCAUUCGUUCGUAUUUGACCAAAGCAUUGGAGAAUGUGGUUCUGACCGUUGUGCAUUUUCAGUAGCACUGGAUCCCUCAGUCUUCACCCUUUUAUAAAUGUGUAAGAUUAGGAUGAACUUUGGAAUUUACAUGGUAGGAAGAAAAGUAGUACAUUAUUGCCAUACUGUAUGUCUUAAUAUUUAACUUAUUCUGAAAUAUAUUCCACACCAUUAUACACAUUUGCUCAUGUAGAAAAGAAGCUCAGUCAGUCCUGUGAAAGGAGUCCAUCUCCUAAAUUUGGCAUUUAUAAUAUCCUAAAAGCCCACAGUUGGGAAAAAGAAAUUGAUUUUGUGUUAAGAUUUCACGUUAACCAUCUUGUAAACUCAUGGUUGAUUUGAGUAAUGAAAAACAUCCUUAAAGAGAAUUGGGGGUUAAGAGAUAUUAUUCCUCUGGCCCAAAGGUGAAAAAGGCCAAUAGCCUGUUACCAAUUAUUUUAACAUUUAAAAAAAAAAAAUGACAACUUAAAACUUAUCUCUGCUUAAAGUGCGAUGUAUCUUCCAACUGUUUUGUUACCCAGCUGUUUAAUAGUCCAGUUCUCCCAAAGUGGAAAAAUUUGUAUACAGAUGAGUUUUCUAUGAUUUAAUAAAAAUAUAUGGAGCACU